UCAUCCCAAUACUCCUCCACCCCUGGAUUAGGACCCCUGAACAUGAGUUGCGAGAAGAAUAGUCACAGCAUCAACAUCAUCUGCUCGGAGACGGUACGGUACUCCUUCGUCAGCCACCUCUCCGGCGCUUUACGCCGCCAAGGCAUCUCUGUGUUUGUGUUUGCGGGUACAGAUGAGCUGGAAUCUUAUUCCUUCCCCGAUGAUCAGAAUCAGGAAGCUAGGGUUUCGGUGGUGGUUUUCUCCGAGAGCUACGCGUCUUCUGGUCGUUGGUUUGCUAAGCAGCUCGAGCUUCAUAAGAAGAAUGGCUACGUAAUUGUUCCAGUGUUCUACGGCGUUGACCCAUCGGUUGUGAACCGAGAUCUCGAAUUUCUGGGAACAAUGAAGAGAGACGGAAACUUAACACGCCAUCCAUCAAGCGACUCGGAGCUUGUGGAAGAGACCGUGAGGAAUGUUUUUGCGAAGCUCUCUCCUACAGAACGAAUUGGAAUAUACUCGAGGCUACUGGAGAUUGAAAACCUGCUUUGCGAGCAACCUUGGGACAUCCGAAGCUUAGGAAUCUGGGGCAUGCCUGGCAUAGGGAAGACGACACUUGCUAAAGCACUAUUUGAGCAGAUUCACUGUGACUACGACGCUUCUUGCUUUAUCGAGAACUUUGAUGAAGCUCUUUAUAAGGCGGGACCUCAACGUUUACUGGAAGAGCAAAUUUUCAAGGUUGUGAUGGAAAAGUUUGGAGUGAGCAGUUCUUACAUUACAAGACUGAGCCUCCUUAAGGACAAGCUUUGCGAUACAAGGAUUCUUCUUGUUCUUGAUGAUGUGCGUAAUCCUCUAGUUGCAGAGUCUUUCCUUGCAAGGCUUGAUUGGUUUGGUCCCGGAAGUCUGAUCAUCGUAACCUCCAGAUAUAAACAAGUGUUUGCCCAUUGUCAGGUAAAUGACAUAUAUAGGGUUCAGGGUUUAAACGAGCAGGAGGCUCUGCAGCUAUUCUCCCAAACUGUCUUUGAAAAAGAUGUGCCAGAGCAGAAUGACCGGGAACUAUCAUUGAAGGUGAUUGACUACGCUAAUGGAAACCCAUUGGCUCUCAGUAUAUAUGGCCAAGAGCUGAAGGGGAAGAAGUCAGAAAUGGAGGCUACAUUCCUCGAGCUCAAGCAAUGCCCUCCACAAAAGAUUCAGGAUGGGCUAAGGAGUGUUUAUAGUGCGCUUAGUGACAACGAGAAGCACAUCUUCUUGUACAUUGCUUGUUUCUUCAAAGGAGAGAAUGUCGACUAUGUGGCGCAGCUGCUUAAAGGGUGUGGUUACUUUCCUCGUGCUGGAAUAGAUAUUCUUGUGGAGAAGUGUCUGGUGAAUAUUUCAGAAAACACAUUGCAGAUGAAUGACCUGAUCCAAGACAUAUUCAGAGAAAUCAUUGUUGUAGAUAGAAUACAAAUGAAGAAGUGCGCCACUAUGUGGCAACCUUCCAGCAUUAGAUAUCUACUAGAAGAUGAUGAACUCAAAGGAGAUGACCAACUGAAAGAAACUCCUAAAUGUGUUAUGGUCGCUGAAGACAUCAAAGGCAUAUGUUUGGACGCAUCAAACAUGAUAUUUGAUGUCAAACCUGAUGCCUUCAAGACUAUGGUCAGUCUAAGGUUCCUGAAGAUAUACAAUUCCCAGUCUGAAAACAUUCAUGGACACAAAUUUCCCAAGGGGCUCAGUUCUCUGCCUAGUAAUCUAAGGCUCCUUCACUGGGAGGAAUAUCCCUUCAAAUCCUUGCCUCAAGCUUUUGACCCACGGGAACUUGUCGAACUCAGUAUGUCUUACAGUCAGAUUAAGAAACUCAGGGCAAGAACCAAGAACCUCAAGAUGUUGAAAAGGAUCAGGCUUUGUCAUUCCCAGCAGCUAGUUGAAUUUGAUAUACUUUUAGAUGCUAUAAAUAUCGAGCUAAUUGAUCUCCAAGGUUGCACAAGAUUGCAAAGUUUCCCAGACACCAGUGAAUUACAACAUCUCAAAGUUGUAAAUCUCUCAGGUUGCACAGAAAUCAAAAGUUUCCAAGGGGCUCCACCAAAUAUUGAGGAACUACAUCUCCAAGGAACCAGUAUAAGAGAAAUGCCAAUUUCCAUGGUGACCCACUACCCCCAGAAAGUUAAGCUGAACCGCCAAAAGUUUUUAAAUCUUUUAGAAAACUUCCAGGAUGUUGAGCAUAUGGACUUGGAGAGUGUAACAGAGCUGGUUAAAGUAAGCUCAUAUAAUCAAGGUUUUGGCAAGCUUGUACACUUGAACAUGAAAGAUUGUUGUCAUUUGCAAAGUCUUCCUGACAUGGUCAGUCUAGAAUCUCUCCAACUUCUUCUUGUGUCUGGCUGCUCAGAGCUUGAGGAAAUUAAGGGUUUCCCUAGAAACAUGAAAAAGCUAUAUCUUGGUGGAACCGCCCUACGAGAAGUGCCACAGCUUCCCCAAAGUCUAGAAUUCUUGAAUGCUCAUAAUUGCUUGUAUCUGAAGUCGAUUCGUUUGGACUUCGAGAAGUUUCCUAGGCACUACAUCUUCAGUAAUUGUUUUAACUUUCCUCCACAAGCUAUCACUGAGUUCCUAGAGAAAGAUCUUACAAUAGUAUCAAACAUAGCCGGAGCAAAAAAACAGCAUUUGUUUGAACAGGAACACAUCAAAGCAUCUGAAGUCACCAUUUGUAUUCCUUUAGAUGCAUGUCAAACAUCUCACUUUCUCUUGCAAGCAGGCCCAAUUGUAACGAUAGAUUUAGCUCCUUGGACGGGGAAACCUAUCUCUGGCUUUACUAUGACUGUUGUGGUAUCAUUUCAGGAUGAUUACCACAAUACUGUAGGUCUUGGGAUUAGGUGCAUAUGCACAUGGAAGGCCAAGAGUGGCUACUCGAAAAUAACACAGAGGAUAUUUCAGUGUUGGACUCCGACGGAAGCUCCAAAAGUUGAUUUGGAUCACAUAUUUAUCUUCUAUGAUACCGAAAUGCAUCCUAGUGGUGAAAAACACCCCAAUUUGUGGGAUGAAGAAGUUAAAUUUGAAUUCCACACAGUGAGUUGGGAAAAAAAGCUUUUAGGUGCUAAUUGCCAGGUCACCUUUUGUGGUGGCAGGAUAAUUACGGCUCCAAUACCUACUGAAAUCACAACAGAAAGUGACGAUGAUUCAUGGGUUCUUGUAGAGGGUCCUCCAACAGUGCUAGAGGCAAAGAGCCCAACUCCACUUUCAUCCAACGAGCCAUUGUUUUGGCUUGAGCGUGCUGUUGGCUGGGGCCAUAAGUUUAGACUGAGAGAUCUUGAAAUGGCAACUAAUGGAUUCUCAAACGAAAAUUUUAUUGGUGAAGGCGAUUGCGGGGUUGUUUACAGAGGAGAGUUUUUAGACAGUACUCCUAUUGCAGUUAAAAGGAUUAUAAAAAAAUUGGACCAAGGAGGAGAGGAAGAAUUUAUCUGUAAAGUUAAUGCAGUCGGUCGUUUGUGUCACAAGAACAUAGUCCGUCUUCUUGGAUAUUGCAUUGAAGGCACAUACAGAAUAUUGGUUUACGAGUAUGUGAGCAACGGAAACUUGGAAAAUUGGCUUCACGGAGAAAAAAAACAACAUGGAUAUUUAACUUGGGAAGCAAGGAUGAAGAUUCUCAUCGGUACAUCAAAAGCUCUUGCAUUUAUACAUGAAGCAAACGAAUUUCACAGAGACAUCAAGCCAAGCAACAUACUGAUCAACGACGAAUUCGAAGCAAAAGUUUCAUAUUUAGGACUUGACACGUCAGAAACACGAGCGAUGGGAACAUUAGGAUACGCUGCUCCAGGAUUUUUAAGCACAGGGAUAUUCUAUGAAAAAGACGAUGUAUAUAGUUUCGGUGUUGUGCUCUUAGAAGCAAUCACAGGACGUCCUGCUCGUGAGGUAAAGCUAGUGGAGUGGUCGAAGAUGAUGGUUAGAAAAAGGCGAUCAAAAGAAGUACUUGAUCCAAAGAUAGAGGUUAGGCCGCCUGCGCGAGCACUGAAACGAGUUCUUUUGUUAGGUCUACGUUGUGUUGAUCCAGAUAUAGUCAAGCGGCCAAAAAUGAGUGAAGUUUUGUUUUAUAUGCUUGAGUCUGAGGAAUAUCCCACUCCCAUUCGAGGAGAAACAACAGGUUGUUGGAACUCGUUUUGCAUAAACCGGUGAUACACUAAUCAAUCUUUUGUUACAGCCAAGUUAACUGUCUUCUUGUAAUAUGUUUAGAUUUAAUUCCAAAUGCCAGUUCGCACUUUA